AUGGUCUUUCCCGGUCGCUUCAGCACUGGCUGCCUGCGCUGCCGUCAGCGCAAAGUGAAGUGCGACGAGGCAAAGCCCACUUGCCGCCGUUGCGCUGUCUACGGCAAGCCAUGCACCGGAUACACGGACCAGUUCCAAUUCAGGCACAGCCGGAACAAACCCGCCCUAGCCUCCGCCCCCGCCCCCGUCGCUGUCGCCGUCGCCAUUACCGUCGCCGUUAACGUCACUCUUCCAGUGGCGGUCCCGGCGCAACAGGAAUGCAAGCAGGACCACGGCGCCAAGUCCCCCGAACAGAGCUUAUACCGGAAACCAAUUGACAAUGUGCAGCAAUGGCGACACCAGGAACAAGCCGCCCGGAUCCAGGCCUGGUCCAAUUCCAUCGUGCGCGCCCCCGAGGCGUGCUACGAAGACGUCUCUCUCUUCUACUUUGUUCGCCGCUUUGUGUCACCCAACCCGGCCGAUGGCUUCCCCGGGCAUUUGAGCUUCCUGCCCGGCCUCUACGACUCCCACAGCAAUGGCCUGCUCGAGACGGCAACCCUCAGCGUCGCCCAGAUGGCCGCCUACAACAAGUUCGGCGGUGAAAAAUUCCGCGUCCAGUCAUACAGGAACUACGGCCGAGCCAUCCGCAUGCUUCAGGGCAUUAUAGGGACUGAAGAGCAAGCUACCGACGACAAAGUCAUCGCCUCCAUCUUGCUUCUCUGUACGCUCAAGGACAUCAGCGGCGAAGAAUCGGGCGACCCCGGCGAACACGCGCCUGGCCUCUUCUACCUCAUAGAGAAGCGCGGCCCCGAGCAGAUCGUGACAAGCAGGGGUGCUGAGCUCCUCUUCCUGGGCCUCAUCCGCCUGCAAGUCCACUCUUUCUUGCAUGAGAACGACACGUACGUCGACCCCGGCGCCAUCGCAACGGUGUGGGGAGUCUUUGAUCCUCUGUUGCGUGCAAUGUGCAUGAUGUCGAGGACACUGUCACUGCGCCACCGGCUACUCCCGUCCUUCGUGUCUCCCGAAUUCCCGACAGGCCAAAGCCGCAGCGCCCGCUCGCGACCACAGUAUGACCGGGCUGCCACCAUCCACGGCUGUUUCGAGACGCUCGAAGACUUCCACACCUGGGAUGCCGAGGCCGCGUCCUACUGGCAGAGCACGUUUGAGGGCCGCGGCGUGCCGACGGCCCUGGGCGAAGCCGCGUCGGGCAUAGCACACUACGACCCAGAGACCGCGUGCACCGUCAUCUUGAUCCGGUCCGCGCGCCUGAUCCUGCUGAUGAGCAUGAUCGCGUACCACAGCAUGACAGCGGACCUUCGAUUGCAGGGCUUUGACGUAGGCGGGCAGCAGCCGCAGCACGACGACGUGGACCCUGCAGCGGCAGCGGCGGCGGCAGCGGCGACGGCCGCACUGGCCCACUGCGUGCCGAUCCUGGAGCAGGAGGUGGGCUUGGCCAUCGACGAUAUCCUCGCGAGCGUGCCGUACGCUCUUGGCGACGUCGGGCCCGGCGGGGCUCCCGGGUCGGUGCCCCACGACGGCGCGGCUGCCAUCAUCAUCGUGCAGUCCAUCAGGCUGGUGGCGUCGUGCGCGUACUCGACGGCCGACCAGCUGCGCAAGGCCACAGACGUGCUGGGGCGCAUCAACGCCAGCAUCGGCAUCCGCGCGGCCCUCGGCGUCCCGGACGAGGCCCUCAACCGCACGCGGUGGGCGCACGAGCAGGAGUUUCUGCGGUCGAGGAUGGCAUCAACCAGACAGGGAAGCGCAAGUUCGAAUUCUAGUUCUGGCUUGAGCUCCAGCCUAGACACGAACGCGAGUCCGGUGUGGGAGAGCUCCCGGGCUCAUCCUGAACCGAUCUCCCGGGCUCAUCCUGAACCGACCUCGCCGCCCCAGUUCAAGUUCCCUGGCCAGGCUUAA